GGUGAAUGGCUGGGCAAACGAGGUGAAUCGACGGACAAACGAAUUGAAAGGUUGGGAAAACUAAAUGAAUGGCUUGGAAAACUGAGAGAACGGUCGGGAAAUCUUGACCUCAUUCAAGCGGUGAAAAGAAAGGCAAUGAACGAAUGGUUAAGAGUGUCAAGCUUAGAAGCCAAUCAUAAAAGAAUGGGCGAAUGGCUGGGCAAGAGGGGUCAAAGUACAGAGAAUAAACUAUUGGAACGGCAGGCAACGAGAGCAAUGUAUGAAUCAAUGGCUAAGAAGGGUGAAUGGUUGGGUAAGAAAGAUGGAAGUGAGAAAAGAAUGAGUGAUUGGUUGGGCAAAAGAAAUGCAAAUAUGAAAAGAAUGGGCGAUUGGUUGGGUAAAAGAAAUACAAAUAUGAAAAGAAUGGGUGACUGGUUGGGUAAAAGAAAUACAAAUAUGAAAAGAAUGGGUGACUGGUUGGGUAAAAGAGAUGCAAAUAUGAAAAGAAUGGGUGACUGGUUGGGUAAAAGAAAUACAAAUAUGAAAAGAAUGGGUGACUGGUUGGGUAAAAGAAAUACAAAUAUGAAAAGAAUGGGUAACUGGUUGGGUAAAAGAGAUGCAAAUAUUAAAAGAAUGGGUGACUGGUUGGGUAAAAGAGAUGCAGAUAUGAAAAGAAUGGGCGAUUGGUUGGGAAAACGAAAUGAAAGUGAUAAAAGGAUGGGCGAUUGGUUGGGAAAACGAAAUGAAAGUGAUAAAAGGAUGGGCGAUUGGUUGGGUAAACGUAUCAUAAGAACAAAUGAAUAAAGAUGACUCUUAGAUGGAGUGAGAGGAAAACUCAAUGACUUUGAGUAACAACAUCUUCUGGAGUAGUUUGGAAAAUAGUGG